GUACGACUACUUUGUCGGUGGUGAAGCUGAAGCGAAAGGGUAAGGUCGCGGGUGUCUGGGGCGAGGUACAGCUCGAUGACAGCUGGCCCUCAUUACAAACGUGGGGUGCAAGCAUUGAGAAAACCCGGCGAAGACGCGGUCGUGUGCAUCGACGGGUACCUGAGUACGGACUUCGGUGGCGAGGGCGAGAACCACCAUAGGAGGUACGCAGUGAGCGCGCGAAAAAUAGUGCCGGUCCUUGCGGCCUUCUGUGUGGGCUUUUACUCGUGGCAUAUGAGCUCCCUCUUCGUCGAUGCUCACCCCAAUCUGGGCACUAUUCUCCACCACACUCUGGUACUCAUGUGUUCGGUAUCCAUCGAGAUUCUUCAGAACCCUUUUAUCGCCCAUCACUUGCCAAGCUUCCUUCUAUUCGAACUUACCAAUAUCCCGCACAACUUAUAUCGCAUAACGCAGAGUGUCGCUGGACCCGACUAUUGGCUGCGAGCUCUGAGAUCCCAAGCAGUUAUGAGGCAGCGGACAGCUCUGAGUGUCUCGAUACGACAGGCUCUUCGCAAGAGGUGACUUCGAUCUCUACUACACAGAGCCUGACGAGCUCUGAUGUGGUCUCCUCGACCGUGUUGUCUACCAGCACUGAGGAUUCGAGUUUGAGAGUUGACAUCUGGAUUUAGGCUAGCGUAAUAUGCCCUCUCCUUAUCUAUAUGUGCAAUGUGAAUUAAUCAAUAGGUCGCCCUCAAUAUUGUAUUUGACCAAGAUGUAUGGAAAACACUGAUUCUAUGUGAUGCAUGUGGGAUAUGCGGUUGGGCGCUAGCAGGAGCAUGGGA